UUUUUAGCUUUGAAGUUUUACACGGUACACGUGCACAGUGGAACUCAGCAACGAAACCGGUGCGUGGAAAACUGCGUGUUGUUAGCUGCUAACAGCACUUAGCACCGUGUGUGGUCGUGACACGAGACGACAUAAUGAAGUUAACAACUUUCGGAAAGGCUGAGGGACUACAGCUGUUAAACAGGUUCCCUCUGAGAAUACACUGAGAAUACACUAAAUGGGAGACCAGAGCAGGCUGAGUUCCCACUGGAUUGUCCUGCACAGGAUGUCAAAGAUCUUUUCCGCUCCGCGGCCGAGGCUGGGCCCCAUGACAUCCUGAAGCUCUACAACCCCAAAGGCAACAUCAUCAACAUCUCUCCGGCUUUGAAGCCCAACAGCCCAAACUCCUGCUACAAGCUGGAGGUGGUGGCCGCUGACUGCAGCAGUGAGCCGUUAGGUAUCUGUACCUUAGCAACAUGGGAUUUACACUGAUUUGAAUCUAUUCCAAAAACUGUCCACAGUCUCCCUGUUUUCAUCACCGCAGGUGUGGAGCUUGCUGGUGCAUUAGGAUUCGACUUCUCGUCCAUGGAGAAAAGACUGCAGGGCCUGGAGAAGAAAAUCCUGAUUGAGGCAGGUGAGACGCCUGCAGUUGUUUACGAGAUGAAGAAGCAGGUGGAUUCAUUUCGGGAAAAACUGGAGAGUGUGGAGCAUCUGAGCUGGCUGGGACUGUUCAAAGAUCUGUCAGAGGGAGCACAUAAGCCGUCGCCAUUCUACCACAAGAGGACGCUGCGGAAAACCAGAGAGGAGUGUGACCAUGUGCGGGAAAAGUUCCUACAAAUGAGCUCUCUGGAGGUUUCAGAGGAAGUGAGGCAAUACUUAAAGACUCCAACCUUUGACAACUGGCAGUGGGAGGAUGCAGAGAUCAUGGUGCUGCUGCAGGUCAUGUACACAGACUUGGAUUUCAUCACCACCUUCAGGAUCGAGACCGAAGUGCUGCAACAGUUUCUGUUUGAGGUCUACAGAAGAUACAACAACAUCCCGUUUCACAAUUUCAAACACUGCUUCUGUGUUACCCAGAUGAUGUAUGGUCUGAUCUGGCUCAUUGACCUGAGGAAUAAGAUGGACGCCAUUGACCUGCUGAUCAUGUUGACCUCCGCAGUCUGCCAUGACCUCGACCACACAGGAUACAAUAAUGCCUAUCAGAUAAAUGCUCGGACCGAACUUGCUCUUCGCUACAAUGACAUCUCUCCGCUGGAGAACCAUCACUGUGCUGUAGCUUUUGAGAUACUGGAGAAGACAGAGAGCAACAUCUUCAGAAACCUGUCCAUGGAUCAAUACAAACGAAUAAGAGAGGGAAUCAUCAAGUGUAUUCUGGCCACUGACAUGACAAGACACAAUGACAUCCUCAAUAAGUUCAAGUCCAUCUUGUCUGACUUUGACUUCACCAACAAGGAACACAAAGAGGUGUUGAUGAUGAUCCUGAUCAAAGUCAGUGAUAUUUCUAAUGAGGCACGGCCCAUGGAGGUGGCUGAGCCCUGGCUAGACUGUCUCCUACAGGAAUUCUACAACCAGAGUGACAUGGAGAAGCUAGAGGGUCUCCCAGUGACCCCCUUCAUGGAUCGGGACAAAGUAACAAAACCUUCUUCUCAAACGGGCUUCAUCCGAUUUGUUCUUCUGCCUCUCUUCAUUGAACUGGCCAACCUCUUCCCCUGUCUGGAGCAGCACAUUAUUGACCCAGUCCGGAAAGCUCUCGACUACUACACGGAGAUGGAGAAAGCCCUGGAGAGGGAGAAACAGAACUGGGCUCAGAGUGAAAAUACUGCGAAGAGCAAGGACAACGUCGAGAGCCACGCAGAGUCUGGGCUCGACGCCGCCCCUAAACUACAUGCACAGAACACAACUGUAGUGGAAGAAACAGUGAAGAAGUAAUCUGAGGCAUGUUCAUGGAAAAUUGUGCCACAUUAUAUUGAAUUGACCAAAUUUAAAGCUGUAUUGCGUAAGUUUUGGUGAUCGUUGUUGUUAUUGUACCUCUGUUUGCUCUUUGGGAACGGAAAAUGUGUUCAUAUUGGUUUGCAGUGUAUUACCUCGGUCUGUCAUGACAUUAAUCUCAUCACUUCCUGUAUUUCUAUUUAAACGUCAGUUUCGAAAUGUAAUCAGGCUGUUUGUAAAUCCCGUUUUUGUCUUCUUCCAAGUACUCCAGCUUUGGAGUCACAUGUCUAGACAGACGUUUGCUUCUAACACAGGCUUUUAGUAGAGUCGCCGUAAUAAAAGAGCUAAGGAGGAA